AUGCGCGGCGCGGGCCACAGAGUUGUGAAUGCGGGCGCCGUCUCACUUCCUACUCGGGAUUCAAAAGGCGAAAACCAGAGGCUGGUGUGCAGGUCCUCGCGGGGACACGCUUUUCCUGUGGCCUCCCCGCGGUGGCUCGUGUUUCCCCGGAGCGAGGCUUUUGUGGCCACAGGAACCAAUCUGUCUCUCCAGUUUUUUCCGGCCAGCUGGCAGGGAGAACAGCGACAAACACCUAGCCGGGAGUAUGUCGACUUAGAAAGAGAAGCAGGCAAGGUGUAUUUAAAAGCUCCCAUGAUUCUGAAUGGAGUCUGUGUUAUCUGGAAAGGCUGGAUUGAUCUCCAGAGACUGGAUGGUAUGGGCUGCCUGGAGUUUGAUGAAGAGCGAGCGCAGCAGGAGGAUGCAUUAGCACAACAGGCCUUUGAAGAGGCUCGGAGAAGGACUCGUGAGUUUGAAGAUAGAGACAGGUCUCAUCGGGAGGAAAUGGAGGCAAGAAGACAGCAAGACCCUAGUCCUGGUUCCAGUUUAGGUGGUAGUGAUGAUCUCAAACUUCGUUAAUAGUAGCACAACAGAUGUGCCGACCAUCUUUACAUACACUUGCUUGUAGCUAGCAGGAAUAUUUCAUUAUAAGACCAGAAACUGUGAUAACUGGAGGUACUACCAUCUAUUUCUCAACCUGAGGCAGUAAAAGACAUCAUAAACUGCUAUGGUUUGCACUAUGAUUAUAAUACCUGCAUUUCUAUUUUUUUAUAGCAUGUAGCCAGUAAUGAUUUGAAAUUUUUUUCUAUGCAAGCUUACCUUGUUGGCAUUAUUUUAGUUGUGUAAUUGUAAAGCUCUCUUUCCCUCUAUUUUAAUUUAAAAGUUCAUGUCAUUUAAAAACAAAUUAAAAUUUAUGUCAGAGGGUUUUCUUUAAUCAGUCGCUCUAAUUUUUUUUUUUUUGUACUUUAGAUUUGUUGGCUAUGCGCUUCUUUUUAGAUGGAGAUUCUUGGUUUAGUUUUGUUUUCCUAGUUUUUCUUUUGUGUUUUUACAUUCGACAGCAUUUAAAAUUGUGAUGUGUUUGCAUUAUUUACAAUCUAAAACCCUAAUAGCAUAGAGCUGUCUGCCACAGCCUUCUCACACAGAGUUUACAAUGGUUAAAGUUGCAGUAUCCUUUUAAAUACUAAUAAUCAGUACCCUUUCUUUUCUUUUUAAAUAUAACAUUUUAAAAUUGGUGUUAACUCUAUAAUCUACCCUAAAUAUUUUAGAUUCUGUUCUGUAAUCAUGAGUUUGGGUGAAGAUACUCUCCAUAAAUGAUAAUAUUCUACUGAAAUGCCUAAAGAAGUCGUAGGCUGGCUUCUGUUUUAUUCAGGGAUUUUUUUAAAAGUCAGUUAAAAAAGGGAUACUGGAUCUUCUUCAUGUGUAUAACAGCUUAUUAAACUGGAGACAGUGAUGAAUCAGCUACAAAGGUGAUACUGUAUUAAAAUCAUGUUUAAGAUAGUUGCUUUGAUGUGUAUUUUAUAUUGCAUGCUUUUGUAAAAACAGUACUGGGUGAUGAAAGACUAGUCUUAGAAAAUGUUCAUCUGUGCAGAGAAUACAUUUUCUUCCAUUAACUAUUCUUGGGAAAACAUUCACAAGUAUAUAUGGUAUUUUGAAAAAGGACUAUUAAUAUAGCCCCUUUUGAGAUGAAUUAGUGUGGGAAUAUUUUUUAAAUGGGUUUAUGUCAAAUUAAGUGCAACUUUGUUUUUUGUUUUUAGUACAAGACUGGAAAAAAGUGCUAAAGCAUUUGGCACACUGUUACCAAUACUUUUCAUGGUCAUGCUCAUUAAAUGUUACUACAUUUCUGAAUUUUUGCAAAAAUGUAUUUUAUCAUAAUAGAGUGGCAUUAAUUUAAAUAGUUCAAAAAAGUGACAAUUCAGAAAAUGAAGUCUGAAUAAGAUCAUUGAAUUUAGGGUCAAAGCAUAUAAAUAUACUUGACUGAUGAAGGAGAUGUGACUUUCAUUGUAUAUAGGUCUUAUAAUUCAUAAAUGUAUCCUGUAUCUCAGAAUAAAAAUAUUUGUUUAUAUUUAGAGUCAUGCAUGGUAAGGAGUGUUUAAAUUGUUAUUAAACAAUAAUACAUCAAAAAAGACCAUGCAUAUCUUGUGUAGCUAAGUACUAUGAAUGAAUUUGAUUGGUGUUUUGUUACUCACCUCACAUGUUUACACACUCAGUGCCCUGAUUUCCCUUGGGGGAAUCACCUUUCAAGUGAUCCUUACAGUGGUGUUUUAAGGUUACUUUAAUCACAGAGCUCCUUGGUUUUUUACUUCAGCAGUUAAUUUUUUUUUUUAAUAACAUGGAACAUUUUUCUUUAUUGUUUCUCAUUAAGGGCUUUCACUCCACCAGUAAAUAAGGUCAAAUGUUACAAGUAUCCCUGUUGCCAUCUUUCUGUAAAUACUGAAUUUUUCCUAUCAUUUAGCACUGCACUGCUUGUCUGUCUUAAUGCUGGCAUUAAGAUCAUAAGCCCUUUUUCUCCAAUAGUGAAGGCUUUGAAGCUACUUUUUUAAGUUAUUGAUGCAAUUUGAUAUUUUUCAUAAUCUGUAUUUAAACAAAAUUACAUCUUUGCAUCAUCUUUUCUAAAUUCAUCUCCAUUAAAAUUUGCCUUAAGCUACUCAGUUGCUUUGCCACCAUUAGCCAUAUUGUGUUUGUGUGUGUGA